AUGAUUAGGUACACGUUCAAGAGGCAAUUGUGUACUACGUUGCGAAGGUACCAAAGCGUGGUGGCGGGGACUGCCGGUGGUGGCCAGGAGGGUGUUCGAGGGGCAAUCCAGUUGAUCAAUUCUCCACCGACGAUGGCUGCUGUCACUGUCACCGCAGACGUGCCCGUAUUUGUGAGAAGAGGGUGUCUUGUUUCAGUGCAUUCCCCAGGCUCCUCUGCUGUCAAGCAACUGAAAUUGUCCAAGGAGUUCUUGGAUCUGUGGUCGAGUUUGAUCAAGUACGCUUCCAUCCGUGGAUCCAUCUACUACAAGUUAUCGCUUCCUAGAGGUUCUUCCCCCUGUAAGUUGCUCGUUUCGACAAACAACUGUCUGAACAAAAACUUUCAAACUACCCUGUACCAGCUUAAAUUGGACGGUACCAAAGACUGGAAUAUACACGGUUCCGACUCAAUAGUAGCGUUUGAACGAAACACGUCGCUAGAAGUGAAAUCCUCUGUGCAGUAUCUCAAUUUCCGGAAAUACAAGAAUGGGAACAACUUUACCGUAGUCAAGGGUAGGGGCAAUCUGCUCAUCAAUGGGGUUGGGUCUAUUGUCAAAGUGGACCUGAAGACACCGCAGGAUGAAUUACUGGUCAACUACAGGAACCUGCUCGGGAUCAGCGGGUCGACUCAGUUGGAUAUCAACCAAUCCAUAAACAACCGUGUCCUGACUGCCACAGGAGGGGACUCCUCUGGCCUGUACAAACCUCAACAGCUGCCAAAUUGGCGCAACAGUCUAGAGGGGGUCUGGGACUACACAGCAACACUUACCCAAAAUUGCUUGAGUUGGAUCACUUACCGGUACAGAACGUGGAGACAUGGAUACCCUGUGAAUUUUAUUGCGGUGAGGGGCCCCCGCUCCCUUCUGCUGCAAAGCUUCAACAACACGAUGACGGGCAGCAUCUCCGAUUACAGUAUUGAGGAACAACAGAUGAUUCUGAGCGAUGAAGUUGUCGCAUUGAACAAUGAGAACAAAGCUGAGGACAGCACCGGCAACCCGAAAUACUGGAAUGUAUAUGUGCAGCAAAAUGGCCGUAUAGACUUUAAACCCACGAACAGCUUUCUUUCAAGGGACAAGUAG